AUGCUGGCGGCGCAUGCACGGACGGGGCGCGCUGUAGGUGUGAAUGUGCGCGUAUGGUGCUGGCGCGCACAUUGCAGUGCGGGCGCUCGCGUUGUGGCAGCGCGCGGCGCUGCGAUGCGCACUGUUGUGGCGCGUGCUGCUGGGGCUCGCGCUGCGGCGGUGCGCGCUGCUGUGGCGCGAGCUGCGACGGUGCACACUGCUGUAGCGCGUGCUGCUGCUGUACGCGCUGCUGUGGCAGUGCGCACUGCUGUCGCGCGCGCGCUGCUGCACUGCAUGCUGCUGUGGCGUGCGCUCCUGCUGUGGCGUGCGCUGUUGCUGUGCGCGCUGCUAUGGCGUGUGCUGCUUCUGCGCGCGCUGCUGUUGCGGGCGUGA